AUGCAUUCAAAUAACUACUCACAGUCAGCAGUAAAUAUUGAUCAUCUAAGAAGUAAGAAUGUAUCACCUCAUUUAUCUUACAAUAACAUGCUAAUGUAAAGUCAUUCUAACAAUAGUAAUGGUCAUCAAGAAGUACUUACAGCAUUCAUUCCCAUUCACAGUUCGUACAAAUAGAGUGUGCAAUCUCGAAAUAACUUUGAAAAUGCCACAUAAAAUAUAAACAAUGGUAAGCGUUCAUAGUCAUUCAAAAACUUUCAACCAAGUUAGCAAAUCAAAUCUUAAAGUUAAUUAGCUGUAAAGAGAGGUUUAUAAAUGAACAAAAAUAGCAACUUAAACUCCUAGUCAGGAAAUAGCCAACAUCAGAACUAAGUGUAUCCAAGCUAGUAGAAAUAUCAAAUUAGGUCAUAAAGUUAGACAGGAACUGGCCACUAUUAAGCAAAUAUGCUUUACGCACUUAAAAAUAACUAAUUAUACUCUUAACUUUAAAAAUCUUAGAAGAACUAUCAACUCUCAGCCAAAUAACUCUAUAACUCAAAUCCUUCAGGUACUGAUUACCUUAAAAUUGCCACAGAUCUUAAAAAGCAAGAAGCCCAGGUCAUCAACAACUUGAAUGAUUUCUAUAGACCAAGAAAACUAAAGUAAAUGCUAAUGAGAUAGCAGCAGUCAUUGCCAUUGCUUGAAUAGUAGCAGCAAUAGAAACAGCUUUAAGAGCAGUAAAGAAUUUCGGAAUAACAGUAGAAAGAUAUUUUACCUGAAGCAUCACUGCUAUCACCUAUUAAAAAAAUUGAAUAGCUUGAGGGAAAUAUAUUGUCAUAAGAGACAACUAUAAACAUGGAAUAGAGUCAUUUGAAUGAAAAUAAUGGCAAUGAAGCCAUUAGAAGCCGAAACGCUACUUUCUAUCAAUCUACUAAUUAGCAUUUUAAAAGUAAUCAGUAGUAGAGUUAUAUAGGGGGCCGUGAUUCACCUUAUCCAAAAAUUAAAAGCUUAGAUACUUCCCCUGCAAGAAAUAAAUUCUUUAUUACUCCAGAGAUUUUCAAGUAAAUAUAGUUGGAAGAGAAGUUGAAAAUAAGUUUGAAGAAUUAGCCUAACAUGAUAAAGAUAAAAAAGAGGAUGUUUGAAAUAAAAAAGAACAUGAAGAAAAUGCCUUAGAUAGAUUUUACACUCAGAUUAGACGCAUAUCAUACAAAUGAUAACUGUCUUCAUUGUAGGAAAAAUGCCCUUGAUGAACACAUUUAUCAUAAUAAACAGCAUUGA